UGCCAAAACACAAAACACACAGCAACACACAUUGUUAAAAGUUUCUUUAUUUCAAGUGAAGUUAGUUAGUUAUAUUUAUAUACAAAAUCAUGUCAAUGAGAUCAAUUGGUACAAGCCUUAGCCUUAUGCUAUGGCUUGUAAUUGCAACAUCAGCAUUAGCAAAAUCUGAUAACCCCCCAGUCCUAGACACACAAGGCAACCCUCUUGAGCCUGGCAAAGAUUACUACAUCAAACCUGCCAUAACCGACGUUGGAGGCCGCGCCACUUUGUUAAGCAGAAACAACCCAUGCCCUCUAUAUGUAGGUCAAGAGAAUUCUGAUGCAGCAGAGGGCUUACCCCUUUUCUUCACCCCUUUUGCAGAAGAAGAUGAUGUUGUGAAGGUGAAUAGGGACUUCAAGGUGACAUUCUCAGCUGCCUCAAUAUGUGUGCAGGGAACAAAUUGGAAUUUGGCUGAGAAGGAUAGUGAGAGUGGAAGGAGGCUCAUUGCUGCAUCAGGCAGGGAUGAUUACUUUAGAAUUACUGAGACACCAAUCAAAGGUUCAUAUUAUAUAGGUUGGUGUCCUACAGAUGUAUGCCCCUUUUGUAGGUUUGACUGUGGCAUUGUUGGUGGUUUGCGUGAGAAUGGGAAGAUUUUGUUGGCCUUGGAUGGUAAUGUGCUCCCAGUUGUGUUUGAGAAAGCAUACUAAUAUGUGUAGCUUCAAUUUUGUGUUUGAAAUUUCUGUUCUUGUAAUAUUGUAACAGUUGUGAAAUGAUUGGAGCUACUUGGUAGGACCAAAGAAAGAUAGCAUGUCUAUUUUCUUUUUCUUAAUUUAUAGAAUAAAGCUCGAAAUUGUUGUGUAAUUUAUAGGAUAAAGUUAUAUAUGUUGUAUUUAUUAUAUAGAAUUUUAUGAUUUCAAAACUCA